ACGGCGGGACCGUUAUCGAACUGAAACCCUGGACUGGAAGAUGGAAACUCCAGAGCCAAAAUCACAAAGCUCGAGCUCUUCCCCAAUGCCACCUCCAUCUUUGGCAAGGCAAUGGAGAAUAGCUGCGCAACGCAACCUAAGGAACCAAUGGUCCAAAAUGGCCUCUAACCGCCAACAAUGGCUCUCUUCUUCCUCUUCUGCCAGAACUCACGCUACUUCUCUCGUCAACGCUUAUUUAUCUCAAAAAUACAUGCCUUUGAUGGAGCUCGGUGCUUUAAAGGAUAUGCCAGAUAUUCGAAAUAAAGCUUCUUUCAAGUUAUUUGAGCAGCAAGAGCUUCAUCGCAGCAAAUUUUUGUCAUCUUACAAGGACAUGGUGGCUGUUGUAAUGCACAUGGUCAAUGCUAGUAAAUCCAUGAGAUCUUUUCUCAAAGUAGCCAGCAGUAAUUCACUUGUACAAUUUUCCAGCUCUAGUGAGGACAUUAAUGACACUGGUGAUUGUGGUGGAAUUGCAGUCUUCAGAUUUUGGUCAAUCUCUUCUUUUGAAAAAUCAGCUGAAGAGCUCAGUCGGAUGUUCAAGUUGGAACUAAGUUUGAAGCGGUUUCUUCUAUUAGAGUUACUGUCUAUCGGUUGUGAAGUUUCCCAAGUCAAUCGGUUGUGCUGGUCUGAUGAGCUUUACCCUGGAGAAUUUAGUGAUCUGAAAGUAUGCAACUUGUAUUCUGAAGAAACAUCUGAGCCAGUCCAUCCAAGACUGAAGGAUUGCAAAUCUGAUAUGCCAGCUUUUCAAAGCAGUCGUCAUCCAGACCAUGAAAUCUUGCAGGUGUAUAUUACAACCUGGCUUGCUGAGGUGAACAUAGAUGUUCAUAGGGUGGAUGAAAUAUUUGCAGUGACUGGGGAGGAAAUGCAUAUUUCCCUCUCAUAAACUCCUUAUGUUGUCUAAGAACCAUCAGAAUAGGUAGCAUACCAAUCUUGUUGUGCAAUUUUUGAAGCUCAACCUUAAUAGAAGAUGUUAGGUGCCAUGAAAGAAGUAUUAGUCUGCUAUUUAGUUCUAACACCGAUGGAGCAAUUUCAUGACAGAUGCAUGCAUGAGCAAAUGAUUUUCAGAGGGCUGAUUGGCUAAAUCAAAUUAUCUUUAAUUGUA